UGUGCGUCUUCUGAAAAACGAUGGGAUGGGCUUGCAGAAGUACUCCUAUAUGAACGAAGACGAAGCUUGGAAGACUUAUCUGGAGAACCCUCUAACAGCAGCCACUAAGGCCAUGAUGAGAGUAAAUGGGGAUGAUGACAGCGUAGCAGCCCUGAGUCUCCUUUAUGACUAUUAUAUGGUUCCAAAAGAUAAGCGAAUCCUUCCAUCUGGGACACCGGGGCGCAGUGAAGUUGGGAAGAGGCAUUGCCAUGGGAUGGAAUAUGAACCAGAGAUUUCUUCCUUUGAAGGUUCUGCUCAGCUCAUGAAGCUUCUGGCUGAAAACGUUUCGGUGAACCAAGAAUAUCUGGACUUGCCCAAGAAGAACGGUUUAGCUUUUGAGAGCAUCUCUUCUCCUCAGAAGCCACCAGCUCUGCCUCCAGGUCCCAGCAAACUAGAGACCAAUCCUGAGAAUUAUAUGAUUACUUCAGGAGACAUGUAUGACAACGGCUCGCUUAAUUCCCUCUUUGACUCCAUCCACGUGGCUCCACCCCAACAGAGAUGGCAGCCAGAUAGCACUUUUAAAGAAGACCCCGAGGAGUCCUUGAUCUUCAAUGAUAUUUUGAAGGCAGAAGCUCCGUGUUCAGAAGGUUAUUCCAUCAGUGAUGGCAAGACCGACUUUGAAUACACCUUGGGAUCUCCCAAAGCUAUUCAUAUCAAGUCAGGUGACUCACCCAUGGCGUACCUCAACAAAGGACAGUUCUACCCGGUGACUUUGAGGACAGUUGGAGACGCCAAAUGUUUACACUUGUCCUCAAACAAAGUGAAGAGCGUGGUGAUGGUGGUUUUUGACAAUGAGAAGAUUCCAAUGGAACAGCUCAAAUUCUGGAAACAUUGGCAUUCGCGCCAACCAACAGCCAAACAGAGAGUCAUCGAUGUUGCUGACUGUAAAGAGAAUUUCAAUACUGUGCAGCACAUUGAAGAGGUAGCUUACAAUGCCUUAUCCUUUGUCUGGAAUAUCGCUGAAGAAGCAAAGGUGUUCAUUGGUGUGAACUGCCUGAGCACGGACUUCUCCUCUCAAAAGGGUGUGAAGGGUGUCCCUCUGAAUCUCCAGAUUGACACUUACGACUACAGCACCGGGACAAACCGGCUGGUCCACCGAGCCAUCUGCCAGAUCAAAAUAUUUUGUGAUAAGGGAGCAGAGAGGAAAAUGCGGGAUGAUGAACGCAAACAGUUCAGGAGGAAAGGGAAAUGCUUGGAUGCCAAUAAUAACGGUUUAAAAAGCUGUUUAGUUUCAAGCUUUCGCAGCAAUGAAAUCACUUACCUCAAGCCUCAAACUGACUUGGAAACCCAGCCAGUCUUAUUCAUCCCAAAUGUUCAUUUUUCGAACCUCCAAAGAUGUGGAACGAUAUUACCUACUGCUGGGAUNCACCCACCCACACGCUUGCCUUUAAAGCGGAGUUGCCCUUCCUUCCCCGAUGAAUUUGAUCCCAUAGCUGCAAAACAAGCAAAAGAAGAAGACCCCCAACGAGUUCUACUCUAUGUCCGACGGGAAUCAGAGGAGGUUUUUGACGCUCUCAUGCUGAAGACCCCCGAUCUCAAAGGCUUGAGAAAUGCGAUUUCAGAAAAAUAUGGCCUGCCAGAAGAAAGCAUCUAUAAAGUCUACAAAAAGUGCAAACGAGGCAUCUUGGUAAACAUGGAUAACAACAUAAUCCAACAUUACAGCAACCAUAUGGCUUUCCUCCUCGAUGUGGUGGAGGCUGAGGAGAAGUUCCAGGUGACCCUCAAGGAGCUCUGAAGACUCCAAAGCCUGCACUUCUACGGGAUGAUUGACAGCGGGGCGGAGUUUCACUCUCCUUCUGCGCAAGCCCAACCCAUCAGUCUGGAGUAUUU